AAAAUACCGCCUGGCAUCGAGACAGGAUCUCGUGGAACUUUCAGGGAAUACUUUGGCCAUCUUGAGAGCUGCCUCAGAUCACAAGUCCAAGAUGGCCGAGCAAGACUUGGUCGGCUCUCGGGCAGGAGGAGAACCUAGUGCAACCCAGGCUGGGAGCAGUGGCGGAUCCUGGGAAAGAACCGCGCAGGAGAUCCUGGGUGAGGAAUAUGCCCUCAGCGUCGAUGCACGGCGCCAGCAUUUCAGGGAGUUCCAGUGCCGGGAAGCUGAGGGACCUCAGGAGGUUUGCAGCCGACUGCACCACCUCUGCUGCCAGUGGCUGAAGCCAGAGCGACACACCAAGGCUCAGAUCCUGGACCUGGUGAUCCUGGAGCAGUUCCUGGCUGUCCUCCCCCUGGAGGUGGAGAACUGGGUGAGGGAAUGUGGAGCAGAGUCCAGUUCCCAGGCGGUGGCCCUGGCCGAAGGUUUCCUCCUGAGCCGGGCAGAGGAGAAGAAGCAGGAAGGGCUGCAGGACCUAUUUUCCGAAGAGGCCGUGGACUUUGCGGAGGCAGAGAAGGCUCCGUCAGACUCCAGGCAGAAGCCUCUCUCUAGGCGGAUCAAACAGGAGGAAGGGAAUAGAAUUUUGACAAACAGCACGAUCCUAGAUAAAGUUUAUUUCCCCCAACCCCAGGUGACUUUUGAGGAUGUGGCUGUAUACUUCGCAGAGGAGGAGUGGAGAUUGCUGGAUCCAGACCAAAGGGUCCUGUACAAGGAAGUCAUGGAGGAGAAUUGGGGGGUUGUUGCUUCUCUGGAGCAACAAGACCCUGGUGGCCCCCAAGCUUCAAGAGACCUUCAUGCAACCCAGGCUGGGAGCAGUGAGGAAUUCUGGGAAAGAACUGUGCAGAAGAUCCUAGGUAAGGAUCUCUCUUUUUAAUUGGCUAAGACUCCCUUGUCUUUGUGGCUGAUAAAAUUAGUUGGCAGGUGC